AUACUGGAGUGUUUGCAGUGGUCAACAGUCGCUCUCUGUCUCUGCUGGGGAAACUGACAAUCAGUGCUGCAUUUAACAUUGUCUACAUCUACACGUCAGAGCUUUAUCCCACAGUCAUCAGGAAUGUUGGAAUGGGUGCCUGCUCCAUGUUUUCCCGUGUUGGUGGAAUCAUUGCUCCUUUUGUCCCUUCAUUGAAGUCUGUACAGUGGUCUCUGCCUUACAUUGUGUUUGGAGCAACUGGUCUUUUGUCUGGACUCUUAAGUUUAUUGUUGCCAGAGACCUUAAACAGCCCUUUGCUAGAAACUAUUUCAGACCUGCAGGUGUGCUCGUACUGGAGGCUGGGUGAUGAAGCCAUGUCGUUGCAAGCACUAGAUGGCUCACAGUCUGGAGACAAAGACAGUUCUGCAGGGAGUGGAAGUGAAGAUGAGGAGUUUUAUGAUGCUGAUGAAGAGACUCAUAUGAUCAAGUAA